UCUGUCUUUCACUUUAUAUCAGGCUCUAAGGGGCGAUUUCCGUAGGACAUUACAGACCUCUUACAAAUUGGAAGAGCUCCCUGAAUCCUUAAUCAGCAACCCACUGGACAUAAUAGGCUCCAAAGAUGGUUGGAUUGAAGCCCUCAGAUAUCCCUCCAACGCAAGGUGUGAAGUUCCUGAGUGCCGGAACAGCAGCCUGUAUAGCAGACCUGUUCACUUUCCCCUUGGACACGGCCAAAGUUAGAUUACAGAUCCAAGGAGAGAAAGCGGCUGCCGACGCAGUGAAAAAUAUCAGAUACAGAGGCGUGUUUGGAACCAUAGCCACCAUGGUGAAAACAGAAGGCCCAAAGAGUCUCUACAACGGACUUGUCGCAGGUCUUCAGAGGCAGAUGAGCUUUGCUUCAAUCCGGAUUGGUCUCUAUGACACGGUCAAACAGUUCUACACAGCUGGAAAAGACAAUCCUGGCAUUGGCGUCCGGAUCCUGGCAGGCUGCACCACAGGGGCCAUGGCAGUGUCGAUAGCACAGCCCACAGAUGUGGUGAAGGUCAGGUUUCAAGCCCAGAUGAACCUCAAAGGUGUGGAGAGGAGAUACAGUGGCACCCUGCAGGCGUACCGACAAAUCUUCCGUCAGGAAGGGCUGAGAGGACUAUGGAAAGGCACAUUACCAAAUAUCACCAGGAAUGCUUUAGUCAACUGCACAGAACUAGUAACUUAUGACAUCAUUAAGGAGGCCAUUCUGAACCAUCAAUUGAUGUCAGAUAAUCUGCCCUGUCACUUUGUAUCGGCUUUUGGAGCUGGGUUCUGCACCACAGUCAUUGCGUCCCCAGUUGAUGUUGUGAAGACCCGGUACAUGAACUCCCCACCAGGACAGUACAAGAGUGCUUUGAACUGUGCUUGGACCAUGCUCACUAAGGAGGGGCCAACAGCAUUUUAUAAAGGAUUUGUUCCCUCGUUCCUAAGGCUGGGUUCCUGGAAUGUUGUGAUGUUUGUUUCCUAUGAGCAGCUGAAAAGGGCAAUGAUGAUGUCCAAACAGUCUAUGGAAAUUGCUGCAUAGUCUGCCUGGUCACUUUUGAAGACACUAUCCCCCAUUAGGAUUACAUUAGUAAAAAAUAUAUAUCUAAUGGACCAAUAAUCCUAUACAAUUUUGUGCCUUGAAAAGAAGAGAAUUCAGGAUUCAAAAGAGAACCCAGUACUUCAUUACCACCAAGAUAGAGUACAUUACUACACCUUUGUGUUAAUUUCCCUCUUUCAGGGCCCGAAGUUGGUUAUUUAAUUACCGAUGGUAAUUAGUCCUUUGUAAAAAGGGAAUGACGGGAGUGCAUCUUAAUGUAUGCAUUAACCAAAUGUAAUUAGCCACAAGUGGCUGAAAUGAACCAUAAACUCCUAGAUAAAAAAAAAUAAUCCGGGGAAGUCAGAAAUAGUUUUCUCCUCUAUUUAUAUUAUUGUAUAGAGCUUCCCAACAUGUUUUCUUCUGUAAAAUAUGUUUUAACAGAGCUGAAGUACAAUUCUGUGUUUUGAGAAUAUACUGUGUGACUGUGAAUCAUACUGUAUCAGUCUAGAACGUCUCAUUUAUGCCAAUUUUGUUUCACUUUCUUUUUCAAAAUUAUCUUACUUGCACCAGAAUUUUCUUAAAUGGGGUUAAUGGAAUACGACACUGAUUUCCUAACUUUCAGCAGUUAAGAGCUGAGCAGAGAUUCCUGACUUCUGCAGGCUGGCUCAAUGCACCCCAGGAGAUUAAAGUUAGGCACUGAGUUAUCCAGCCUACAGCACAACAAAUGAAAGCAUUUAUAAUGGCACGUAAAAAUGUGUCAAUGAAAUAUUUACCAUUGUUGGACCUUCUGGAAAAAAUCCAUAUUUAUAUUGUAUUAAACUAUAAUAAAGUAUAACUUUUUAAUAUAAAUUUUCUUUAUAUUAUACAUGUUAUAUUCAAAUCACUUCUGGAUUUUACUUUUGUGGUUACAGUUGUUGUUAAGUCGAACUCCAAAACAGCACAAAACCUGUCAUUUUGACCACAGAAUAUAUCAUUUUACUUUAUUAAAGAAUAACCAAAACGUAAAUUUAUAUCUGUGUAUGUCACCCGUUUGUAAAACAUUGGAUUCCACUAGCAAUACUGACACAUCAUUUCUAACAAUGGAGUGCCCUCUAGCAUACAGAAGGUGCAUGACAGUUUAAGGGAAUGGUAUAGCAUAGCACAAUGACUUGGCAUUUAUUGCACACGGUGUUUUGCAAGAAGAGAGAAUAAAAGUCUGUGGCUAUAUUUGCA